AUGGUCUCGAGGGGACUGUUCGGGUGGUCCCCGCCCCACAUCCAGCCGCUAACGCCAGUGUCGGAGGUGUCGGAGCCGCCGGAAUCGCCGUCCCCGUACGCGGACGUUAACGAGGAGAUGCCACCGAUGGAGGGUGAGGAACCCAUGGACGAGCUGGAGGAGAUCGAGCCGCCCCCUGCGGCUGUGCCCUUCUCGAGGUUGUUCGCGUGUGCCGACCGGUGGGACUGGGUUCUGAUGGCAGUUGGAUCAGUAGCCGCCGCGGCCCAUGGGAUGGCGCUGGUCGUUUACCUGCAUUUCUUCGGCAGAAUCAUUAAUCUUCUUGGCCGGGAGGAUUUCCAGACCGGUUUCAGGCGCGAAGAGCUAUUUGACGAGCUCAAAGAGGUACGUAGGCAGCGUUAAGGGUUGGAGAAACCAUUUUCUUCGUAUAUCCCAUUCUGAUAUUUGUUGCUUUGGUUUACCAUCGUUUUUAGUUUGCAUCGUUUUUAUGUUAGUUUUUUUUGAGUAAUUUCAGUUGUUCCGAGUUCCAAUUCUAGCCUAAUUGGCAGACUCGGACAUAGGGCUCGACGAUCUUUUUGUAAUGCCGAGUAACUCUGCUUAUGGUGAAAGGAUCAUUGCUUCUCUAUCUCCUCAAGUGGGGCAGAAGUCUCUUUGAAGACACCACUGGAUAUUUUAUUGCUGAUUCCUACCCCAGGUGUCGUUUGAGACUUGUAUCGGGUGGUACCAUGAUGCCGGGCUGCAGGGCUCUUGUCUCAGUGGAGAAUUCGAAAACCAGGUUUAGAGUCGAGAAUCAGAGGACCUAAAUGUCUGUUCUUGGGCUUUCAGUAAAGUUGGAUCCUCAGGGUAUUUUAUGGAUUACGAAAGGAUAUCAUUAUUAAUCACUCUGCACCUUUGUCGGUGUGGUGAUAAAAGAGAGACUGCUGAGUGACACCUCGAGAUGGUGUCUGUUUAUUUGAAGUGGAAGUGUCUACGACUAGUUCUUUGAGAUCAAGAGAUCGUAGUUCCUUGUCAGUGAAGAUUGUUAGAGAAACGUACUUUAGCAAUUAGAAUGAAUGGAUAUUUACUCUAGUUGAUUGGUUUAUUUUUCUCCAAUAUGGAAAGAAAACUUUCAAAUCACAUAGUUCCUAAUAACAUAUGCGUACGUUCAUAUAAUUAAUGGGAGAAUUCUAAAAUCUUUGGAGAGACUUUGCUUCGUGGUAGUAUUCUUGUUGUAAAAUCUCUGGAAAACUGUAGUACAUCUCAGAUCAGGGACGGCCAUUUUUGGGAGUUUCGGGUAAACUGGAAAAAUGAUAAUUAGGAUCUAUAUUUUGAGAACCUUUAAUCGACGAUAUUUCUGUUUAUGUUGAGGUAAGGAUCGCCUUGGUAAAAGAUGAUGAAGAUAUUGCAGAAAAUGGUGAUGAGAUUUCAGAGGAAUCUUUGUUGUUAACUAUUUAGCGAAUAAUUAUGGGUUUUUGGACUUAGAACUUGGUGUGAAGAAUGGUUUGGAAGAUUAAAAUUUCCUCAAAAAUCAAAAAAAAAUUACUCGGAAACAGUAAGAGGCCGAUCACUUGUGACAGUUUUCCAAACUUCAAGUUUAAUAUUCUAAACAAGUUUAAUUUUUUCACUUCAUUUGAUUUCGGCAAUAGGGGGUUCAUGGGUGAUUCAGAUUUUUUUGGUUUCUUUUCCUGUAGUACUUUUGGUGUAUAAAAUAGUACAAGUAUGUGAGACUAGAACAGAGCAAAUACAUGAGGUACAUGAAGUGAAGGCCUAGGGGUUGCGUAACUAGAACAGAGUAGAUAGAUCGAAUGUGAGAAGCAUAUGCAAGGUGAAGCUUAGAUUCAUAGUAUUUUGCCAAGCCAAACCUACUUUAUUACCCUAGCAACCUUAAUAAUUCUACAAAGUAAUUCAACUUGUAGGUUAACUUUCCGAGUAUUCUCAUCAUUAAUCAAUUUUUGGGCCGUUGUUAGCUUGCUCACACCACAAAAAACGAAGAAAAUAAACUGUCAACAAACUGUCAACACAGUUAGAGCAAUGAUUCAGGUGAGUCAGAAGUUUUUUGAAUAUUUGCUGAAGCUUGAGUGUGCUGUAAAUUCUCUAAGUCUAUCUUGGCAUUUGAGAGAGAAGCACCUUGAUUCUUGAAGCUUGGAAUGUUUUCUUGUUUUUUUCUCACCACAAAUGUCUUAGCAUUGAAGAAUCUACUGUGCACUCAAGCAUCAUCAAAAAUUCGAAAAACUUCUAACUCACUUGAAGAAAGACUUACAUUCUUGAACUAUGAGUUGUCUUUGUUUUAUUAGCUUUUCUCACCGUGAAAUUUUUCCUUAUAAGCCUUUGAGCUCUCCUAGGCUUUGGCUUGAGAUAGCCUGGCAGCUCAAAAAAUAACCAUGAAUAUCAUCUGAUAUCCUAAGCUAUAAGGGACACCUCUACUAAAGUUGACGAUGUCAUUGUUGAUUUCGCACAUUUUAUUCUCUAUUUAUGCUAACGGACUUAGUGUGCCCAAUGGCUGAAAAGAAAGGUCACUGGACUUAGUGUGGCGAUAUAAGGUUUGUCACAUGUAAUAGAAAACAUACAUAUCUAUCCUUAUGUACGUAGAACUAGUGUUAAAGGAUAUCUUAUCACAUCAAAAGUUUUGAUGGACGAGAACUUGAAACUCUGUAUGAAGUUAGCCUAUAAAAAUUAUGAGGAUUUGUCACUUAUCCAUGAUAAGCUAUCACUUUCAUCGUGGAUAUCCUGAUGACUUGUGACAUGUUUAGGGUUAGAGUGGAAAUGCAGAGCUCCUCUGUUCCUUUGCUGGGCAACAUGGGAGGUGUUACGCAGUCCAAUUUGGUUAACCUGGAGUACAGUCGAGAUUUUGGAUGGCCCCACUCAGAGGUCAGCGGAGAGUACAGUAAAUAUCAGUGUAUGUGACACUCAGGGUGUUCAGUUUGUGUUCGAUAGUAAUAUCUUGGUGAGUUAAGGAUACUAUGGAGGAACAGAGGAGGAGGAUGGUGGUCCAAUAUGUAUUGGGCGACUGAACUGGAAAAUAGUCCUGAUGAUAGAUCGGUCUGCAUAAGAAUGUACAGCUCUUGUUUCUUUUUGGUCUUUCAGUCAUCUGGGCAACUAUGAUAAUAUGAGUUAAUAAUUUCGGUACCCAUUCCAGAUAGAAUAUUCUAUUUAGUGGUAUAAGAUCUCUCCCUCCCUAGUCACCUGCAUUCUAUUCAAUGCUUUUUUCUGUCGGGAUAGCUAGACCCUUUCAAGCCUCAUGUUUCCUCUUUGCUGCUUUGAAAUCACGAAUUCUCAAAACUUGAGCCGCUUGUAUAAGUUAGUGAAACUAACUGUUUACUGAUGUUUUAAUCUAUUCUACUUCUUGGUUAUCUGCAGCAUUCUUUGUACAUUAUUUACAUAGCCUCCGGUGUAUUUGCUGCUGGGUGGAUAGGUAAGAUCAGAUCACAAAAAAUCAAUAUGCGUUGAUUUAUGUUUCGUUUGAAGCAUUCCCAUAACAAACACUUUUUUAAUCAUGUAAUAGAGGUCUCAUGCUGGAUUCUUACUGGAGAGAGGCAAACUGCAGUGAUCAGAUCGAAAUACGUUCAGGUGUUACUGAACCAAGAUAUGAGCUUCUUUGACACAUAUGGGAACAAUGGUGACAUUGUGAGCCAAGUGCUAAGUGAUGUCUUACUUAUCCAGUCUGCUCUUAGUGAGAAAGUGAGUUUCUUAUGUAAGUUAUUACAUGCAGAAAGUUUUUGUUCAUGGAAUUGAAAUAUCGUGUUUUAUAUGUAAUGGUACUUUUUCAACGUGACAGGUUGGAAAUUAUAUCCAUAACAUGGCGACAUUUUUUGGUGGUCUUGUUAUCGGAUUGAUAAACUGCUGGCAGAUUGCACUUUUAACACUUAUCACUGGUCCCUUUAUUGUCGCUGCUGGAGGGAUAUCAAAUAUUUUUUUGCACAGACUCGCUGAAAAUAUCCAAGAUGCAUAUGCAGAGGCUGCAAGCAUAGCUGAGCAGGUACAGCCUCUCCGAAGAAUGUUUAAAUAAUCGUAUCUUUUGUUCUCGACUUUUUAAAUUCUAAAUUUAAUGAAUAUUCUAUAAGAUACUCGAGGUUAGCUCAAUGGUUCAUUUUGAUUUUGUUCAAAAGUUUCAAUUUAUAUUCUUUCAGUUUCACUGAUUUUGCAUUUCUCAGGAUGUUGAUUUGUAUUAUCAACCUAUUUAUUCCGUGUUACAAAGUUUUUUCAAUAUUUUCUGUGCCGACCACUGGAUUCCCUUUGUAGGACUCUGGAUCCUUUUUUUAUCAAAUUUGAAAAUUGUCUAUUCGAUGGUUGAUUAGGAGUCUGGUUGGUUCAUUCUGGGUGAGCAUGAUGCAAUUGCUCGGUAUCUUAUUUGGAUUUUCCUUCUCAUGUAGGCAAUAUCCUAUGCUAGAACCUUGUAUGCAUUUGCGAAUGAGACGCUAGCCAAGUAUUCUUAUGCUGCAUCACUUCAAGCAACACUGAGAUAUGGGAUUCUGAUAAGUCUCGUGCAAGGCCUUGGACUUGGAUUUACCUAUGGACUUGCUAUAUGUUCGUGCGCUUUACAACUUUAUGUGGGAAGAUUCUUAGUCACACACAGAAAAGCUAAUGGCGGUGAAAUUAUUACUGCUUUAUUUGCUAUCAUUCUGAGUGGGCUGUAAGUGAUCCAGACUGUUAAUUGUGAAUAUUUUUGUAGAUACUUUGUUCUGCAGCUUCCGUUGAUUGUGAUACCCUUCUUUUUCAGUGGGCUGAAUCAGGCGGCCACGAACUUCUACUCAUUUGAGCAGGGGAGAAUUGCUGCUUAUAGACUUUUUGAGAUGAUAAGCCGUUCGAGCUCUUCUGUCAACCAUGAGGGGAAUGUCCCGGAAUCCGUGCAAGGAAAUAUUGAGUUUCGGAAUGUGUAUUUUAGCUAUCUCUCUCGUCCUGAAAUCCCCAUCUUAAGUGGGUUUUUCUUAACUGUGCCUGCAAGAAAAACUGUGGCACUUGUUGGCAGGAAUGGCUCUGGAAAGAGCAGCAUAAUUCCUCUCAUGGAACGGUUCUAUGACCCCACAUUAGGUGCGGUGGAGAGAUAUGGCACCUCAUUAUCGCCCUUUUUUUUUUCUUAUUAUGCAGGUGGCAUGUUGGAGUCAUCGUUAUUCCACACAUAUUGAUGGAGUUUCCUUUCUUUUUUUACAGGAGAGGUUCUGUUGGAUGGAGAGAACAUAAAAACCUUGAAACUUGAAUGGUUAAGAAGCCAAAUAGGGCCUUGUCACGCAGGUGCCUGCUUUACUAAGUUUGAGUAUCAGAGACAACAUCGCUUAUGGAAGAUCUGCCACGCUAGAUCAAAUUGAGGAGGCAGCUAAAACAGCGCAUGCACAUAGCUUUAUCUGCUCCCUUGAAAAGGGAUAUGAAACACAAGUAAAGUUCACUGCCUGUUUCUAUGAUGAAUGAAUUGGAAAAACAUUAUGUAGCAAGAAAAUUUCGAAAUAAAUAUGGUUUUGCUCGUUGUUUCACAUAAUGACAGAGAAAUCGUUCUUGGCAUUUCAGGUGGGUAGGGCUGGCUUAUCACUAACAGAGGAACAAAAGAUAAAGCUUUCAAUUGCUCGAGCAGUACUCUCAAAUCCAUCUAUCCUUCUCCUUGAUGAAGUUACGGGUGGCCUUGAUUUUGAAGCUGAAAGGGCUGUUCAGGAGGCAUUGGAUAUCCUCAUGUUGGGUCGAUCAACUAUAAUCAUUGCACGUCGACUGUCUCUUAUUAGGAAUGCUGAUUAUAUAGCGGUUAUGGAGGAGGGUCAACUUGUCGAAAUGGGUACCCAUGAGGAACUUCUAGCAUCAGAUGGUCUUUAUGCAGAACUUCUGAGGUGUGAGGAAGCAGCAAAGCUUCCUAAGAGGUAAUCCCCGCUAUUUUUAAUUAGAGAUGCAUGAUGAUCUGGGAUUGUUGUGAUUUUUCAUGCCUAAAAUGAGAGUUAUUUACAAGGGAUUAUCCCGGAUCUACGCCAGGUAUUGACGGUGAUUCUCAAAUAUCGCAGAACAGAAUGUGAUACGAUGAAAUAGAAUGCAAUAGAAACAAGGACAGGGAACGGGUUUCCUAGUUCUAACGGUCAAAACGAGCCCUUUCAUUCAAUUCUUCAUUUUUUAAUAAAAAAAUCAAUCAAAUCUCCCCAAGUAGGAUUCAAACCUACGACCAAUCAGUUUUCAUGCUGUUCUACAUCAAUAUACAGCACAGUAAAAGUAAAAAAAAAAAGAAAAACCGAGAAAGAGAAGAUCUUGUUUUGCACUGAUUGAGAUUUUUCUCAAUUUUUUCUUUGUUGCUAAUUUGUAUUCUUCUUUAUUUGUUUAGUUUUUGUACUUUAAUGCCGCUGGUUUCCACAGAGUUAAACAUCUUAUCCUUAUUUUACAAACGUUUUACUUCAAAAGGAGUAGAAAUGAUAUUGGGUACUACUAUUCAACCUUGGCAUCUGAGGCAUAUACCCAUAGGCAACUAUUUGAUGUAUAGUGCAGCUAGAUACCUAGAGUCUGGAGCUUUCAAUUGAACACACAGGCUUGGACUUUCAAUUAUAUGAAGAACCUGUUACAUUAUCGUGCUAUAUUAUCACGAAUGUCAUGUAAAGCAAUACUGUCCAGACUCAGCAUCCGUUGUAUAGCUUUACUAAACGUCUUCGAGCUCCUUUAAUCAUUCGUGCACUGUUGCUCAUGUGGUGUAGAAGCAGAACCGUUUUUAAUUGUGUAAGAAAAUGAAACUCGGCCUAAUUAUGUACGAAGUAAAUGAACUAACACAAAAUGUUAGAAGAAAGAUUAAGUGCGGGAAUACUCAUUGUGUAGCUCUCAGCUAGGUGAAAAUGGUUGUCAUCUUAUUUCUCUCAUAGUGACCUCAAAAAUCUAUAUCUGGAGGACAAGACGUGGUUUAAUCUUGGGUGCAUAUUUUCUGUCUAUCCUACUUUGUUGGAGAUCUCUGUAAUUUUUAGUUUUGUUGGUAUGAUCGCCAUUCCUUAUACUUUUAAACCCUUUUUCUCCUUUUACGUUGCACAUUCAUGAAUUGGUAGUUCCUUCAACUCAUUGUUGCAGGACAUCUACAAGGAGCCAUAAGGAGUCAUCAGCCUACCAGAACGACAGGGAAUCGUUCUUCCAGGAACCCUCUUCCCCAAGAAUGAUGAAGUCACCUUCUCUCCAGAGAACCCGUGGCGUCCACUCUGUCCGUCAGUCAGAUUCAAACUCUAAUAUGUUGGAAUCAUCAGAAGUUCAGAGGCCACCAUCCAAUCAAGUGUUGGGAAACGGGGUGGAACCGCAUGAAAAAAAUCCUGCCAUUAGAAGGCAGGAUAGCUUUGAAAUGAGGUUGCCAGAGCUUCCCAAAAUCGAUGUUCAUGCUUUAGGACAUCAAGCAUCUAAUGGCUCCAAUCCAGAAUCCCCGGUAUCACCACUUUUAUCCUCUGAUCCUAAGAAUGAACGUUCACACUCAAAGACCUUUAGCCAUCCCUUAUGUCAGUUUGACGACAUGGCUAUUGAACAACAGGACCCAAAAGAUUCACAGCAUCACGGGCCGCCGCCAUUCUGGAGGCUAGUUGAGCUAAGCUUUGCAGAGUGGUUGUAUGCGCUUCUGGGCAGUAUGGGUGCUGCGAUUUUUGGCUCUUUUAAUCCUCUUCUUGCUUACACAAUUUCUUUGGUGGUGAUUGCAUAUUAUACGCCCGGAAACCAUGAACGGGAUCACGAAGUAGACAAAUGGUGCUUGGUCAUCGCCUGCAUGGGUCUAGUCACAGUCUUUGCAAACGUCUUGCAGCACUUCUACUUCGGUAUCAUGGGAGAGAAGAUGACUGAACGAGUUAGGAGAAUGAUGUUCUCAGGUAAGAUCAACGAUUUGUCAUUUCCUCUGCUAUCUCGUGCGUGUUUUUUCUUUUUUUUUUUUUCCCUCUUAUGCUCACCCGCUGUCAUUCAUGGUGUUCCAGCCAUACUUCGGAAUGAAGUAGGCUGGUUUGAUGAAGAGGAGAACAGCACGGACAACUUAUCCAUACGGCUAGCGAAUGAUGCAACAUUUGUUCGCGCUGCCUUCAGCAAUCGUCUCUCCAUAUUUAUUCAAGAUACCUCUGCUGUCGUUGUGGCCCUUCUAGUGGGAAUGCUACUCGAGUGGCGUUUGGCACUCGUCGCCUUGGGAACCCUCCCCAUCCUCACAGUCUCUGCCAUCGCACAGGUUCUCAUCUCUCUCUCUCUCUCUCUCUCCCCCUUCUUUACCUUAGAGCAGAGAAAUGGCCAUAUUGAGAUGAUCUCUCUCUAAGGGUUAUAAUAUGUUAUCUUGAGAAGCCUAGCCUAGCCUAGCUAGCCUUGCCUUGCCUUGCCUUGGAACUGAGCCCAGCCGGCUGGAACUCUGUGGACUUUGCAGAAGCUGUGGCUGGCCGGGUUCUCGAGAGGGAUCCAGGAGAUGCACCGGAAGGCCUCUCUGGUCCUCGAGGACGCGGUCAGAAACAUCUACACGGUCGUGGCCUUCUGCGCGGGCAACAAGGUGAUGGAGCUGUACCGGCUUCAGCUCGCCAAGAUCUUCACCAAUAGCUUCAUCCACGGCAUGGUGAUCGGCUUUGGCUUCGGCUUCUCCCAGUUCCUCCUCUUCGCCUGCAACGCCCUCCUCCUCUGGUACGCCGCCUUGUCCAUACACAAGGGCCGCCUCUCCACCGGCCGAGGGCUCAAAGAGUACAUGGUCUUCUCCUUCGCUACCUUCGCCCUGGUGGAGCCCUUCGGCCUCGCCCCCUACAUCCUCAAGCGCAGAGAGUCCCUCACCUCCGUCUUCGAGAUCAUCGACCGGACGCCGAAGAUCGACCCCGACGACACCGUAGGCGCGAAGCCGCCGCACGUCCACGGGCGCCUCGAAUUCAAAGGCGUGGACUUCUACUACCCCACUCGCCCCGAGGUGAUGGUGUUGAGCAACUUCAGCCUCAAGGUCAACGGCGGCCACACCGUGGCGGUGGUCGGCGUUCUGGGCUCCGGCAAGAGCACCAUCAUCUCCCUCAUCGAGCGGUUCUACGACCCGGUCGCCGGGCAGGUUCUCCUGGACGGGAGGGACCUGAGGGACUACAACGUGCGGUGGCUGAGGAACCAUCUGGGCCUGGUGCAGCAGGAGCCGAUCAUCUUCUCCACCACUAUCAGGGAGAACAUUAUAUAUGCCAGGCACAACGCGACGGAGGCGGAGAUGAAGGAGGCGGCGAGGAUCGCCAACGCGCACCACUUCAUCAGCAGCCUGCCGCACGGCUACGACACGCACGCCGGCAUGAGGGACGUGAACCUGACGCCGGGGCAGAAGCAGAGGAUCGCCAUAGCGCGGGUGGUGCUGAAGAACGCGCCCAUUUUGCUGAUCGACGAGGCGAGCUCGGCCAUCGAGUCGGAGUCCAGCAGGGUGGUGCAGGAGGCCCUGGACACGCUGAUCAUGGGGAACAAGACGACCGUGCUCGUCGCCCACCGCGCCGCCAUGAUGAAGCACGUUGACCACAUCGUCGUCCUCAACGGCGGCCGCAUCCUCGAGCAGGGCACCCACGACGCGCUCCUCCAGAUGAACGGCCUCUACACGCGCCUCAUGCAGCCCCACUUUGUCAAAGGCCUCGGCCCCCACAGGUUCGUCUAG